AUGCUAUUCAAACAGCAGGCAUUGCUGAGACAGAAGCUCUUCGUUCUGGGCAGCCUCGCUAUUGGAAGUGUCCUUUAUCUCGUAGCCAGGGUUGGGACCUUGGAUAGGCUUCAGCCUAUUUGCCCCAUUGAAAGGAGACUGACCCCCCCUGAGCCAGAGCAAAUCCCUCUCCGCACCCUGCAGUUUAAGCGUGGCCUGCUCCAUGAAUUGCGUAAGGGCAAUGCCACCAAAGAGCAAAUCCGCCUGCACAACCUGGUCCAGCAGCUGCCUCGGGCCAUCAUCAUCGGGGUGCGCAAGGGGGGCACCCGGGCCCUGCUGGAGAUGCUCAACCUGCAUCCAGCGGUGGUCAAGGCCUCACAGGAGAUCCACUUCUUUGACAAUGACCAAAACUACGCCCGGGGCAUCGACUGGUACAGAGGGAAAAUGCCCUUCUCCUUCCCUCAUCAGAUCACCAUUGAGAAGAGCCCCGCCUACUUCAUCACAGAGGAGGUCCCUGAACGCAUCUUCAAGAUGAACUCCUCCAUCAAGCUGCUGAUCAUCGUCCGGGAGCCCACCACCAGAGCCGUGUCCGACUACACGCAAGUUCUGGAGGGCAAGGAGCGUAAGAACAAGACCUACCACAAGUUUGAGAAGCUGGCCAUCGACGCCAACACCUGUGAGGUGAACACAAAGUACAAAGCUGUCCGGACCAGCAUCUACACCAAACAUUUGGAGCGCUGGCUGAAGUACUUUCCCGUGGAGCAGUUCCACAUCGUGGACGGGGACCGCCUUAUCACGGACCCGCUGCCCGAGCUGCAGCUCGUCGAGCGCUUCCUCAACCUUCCCUCAAGGAUCAGCCAAUAUAACCUGUACUUCAACGCCACCAGGGGAUUCUACUGUCUGCGAUUUAACAUUGUCUUCAACAAGUGCCUGGCAGGCAGCAAGGGCCGCAUCCAUCCAGAGGUGGACCCGUCAGUGGUGACUAAACUGCAGAAGUUCUUUCACCCCUUCAAUCAGAAGUUUUACCAGAUCACUGGGAGAACAUUCAACUGGCCGUGAUGAGCUUUGAACUUCACUGAGAUUCCUUGGAUUGGUGUUUGUUUGUUUGUUUUUUUUAAACACUUAAACGCUAUGAGAUCUCAUAAGAUAUUAAUAGCACUUUGACUGAAUUUAAUACAAGAGCGACAGUGUGACCAAAUAUAAAGAGGAACUUGAUGUACGUUUGUUUUUAUGUGUGUUAUUUAAUUAAAACAAAAACAGUUUGACUGGUUUUACUAAAAGAUUCAGUUCAAAGCACUUGAUCUUGCCAAUUCAUUCACCUGUCUGUCAAUGAAGAAAAGAACCAGUACUGAACUGUGAUUAACUAAAGAGAUUAUUUUUGUUGCUUUUUAAAGGGACUAUCAAACACUGACAUCCAUGCUGUUAAGAUAAGCUUUAAGUGUGAUGCUUUUUUUCAUGAUGAAACCCCAUAAAAGACGACAAAAUGACAGCUCAUAAACAACAAGAUUGUUCAUUUGUUCCCCGUCAUGUUGUUUAUUUGACCAAAACUUGCAUGUGCAAUCAAGAUGCCAUUAUACAGUAACAUUAUAGGAUCUUGUCUUCUGUUCAUAUUGUUUUUCACCACAUUUUCCUCCUAAUUCAUGCUGUGAUGAAUCCAUUAGAGGGUGACCUCGAAUUCUCACCCAAGAUAUUAUCAUUAUCCAGAAAAAAGGAUCAUCAGAAUGAGUCUGAUUUUAAAUCCUUCAAAGCGUUUCAGACUUGAGCUCGUGUUUGAUUGUAAGUACGUUGUUUCUUCCCCUACAGAUUUUUCAUUGGUUUGCGAAAUACCUGGCAAAAAAAGCCAUAUUGAAAAAAAAUAUAAAGUUGUCCUCUGAUGAUUCUUGUCAAACCAACUGCUUAUUCUAAGAUGAUUAACGAAA